ACUACCUAAUCCAGUAUCCACUACAUUCCUUAAACAGAACUCUUCACUUCACUCUUUGUACACUCCCAUGUUGUCACCUUCCUCCCCCAUUUCCAAACCCUAAACCCUAAUUCCCAUCAUCAAUGACAAAUUCAAGAACCCUUUUCAGCAUUCAAUCUCCAACCAAUGCAUCUUUUUCUUCCCAUUUUACCCUCAAACUACCUUCAAAAUUACAACAACAAUCAUUCCCUUCCAAACUUAGCUACAAGAAGUUCAGUUUCAGUACUUUCAAAGUCCGUUGUUGCCCUCAACAAACUCCAGAGAAUCAAAAUUCAACUUCUGCCCUUAUCUCAAUUCUUCGUAUAAUACCUGAUUGGGCUGACAGAAUUCAAGAAGAAGGUAUGAAAAAGAAGAGAUCUUUAUACAAACAUGAAAGUUGGGUGCAACAUAGAAGUUCUUUGAGGCAUGUUAGGCACUUGUUUUCGAGCUUGAAUUCGCGUGUUAUUUUGUCGUUGGUUACUCCGGUUAUAGCUUUUACUUCAGUGGCAGUAGUGAUUGCUAGUUAUAAUUCUGCUGUUUCAAUGCAUUGGUUGCCUGAGUUUUUCCCUGUAUUGAGAGCUAGUCCACUGCCAUAUCAGUUGACAGCUCCAGCUCUGGCGCUUCUUUUGGUGUUUAGGACAGAGGCAUCGUACUCGAGGUUCGAAACAGGGAAGAAGGCUUGGACUAAAGUGAUUGCUGGAACCAAUGAUUUUGCUAGGCAGGUCAUUGCUUGUGUUGAUAAGAGUGAUGCUGUGCUCAAAGAAGCACUUUUACAGUAUAUCAUGGCAUUUCCAGUUGCCUUGAAGUGCCACAUAACAUACGGCUCGGAUAUAGCAAGUGAUCUCAAAAACUUACUUGAGGCUGAUGAUCUAGCAUUAGUUCUCAGUUCUAAGCAUCGCCCUCGUUGCGUCAUUGGGUUCAUCUCUCAGUGCCUUCAGUCAUUAAACUUGGAGGGAACAAAGCUGACUCAGCUGGAGUCAAAGAUUUCUUGUUUCCAUGAAGGUAUUGGUGUAUGUGAACAACUCGCGGGCAUACCUAUUCCGCUUUCAUACACUCGGUUGACUUCAAGGUUCUUGGUCCUUUGGCAUCUCACUCUUCCUAUAAUACUUUGGGACGAUUGUCAUUGGAUUGUGGUUCCAGCUACUUUCAUAAGUGCUGCUUCCUUAUUCUGCAUUGAAGAGGUUGGUGUCCUUAUCGAGGAGCCAUUUCCAAUGCUUGCACUUGAUGAGCUCUGUCAGCUUGUUCGCGACAACAUCCAAGAAGCAAUGGCAAACGAAAAGCAGAUUCAAGAAAGAUUAAAUGCCAAAAGAAAGAAAUGUUUUAGUGAACAUUCUCCAAAUGGUUGGCCAACCUCAUAGGAUGAUAGGAAGUACUACGACUUAAACGAAGACUGAAGUAUGUGUGUAUAGAGCAUUUUCUCUAUCAUAACUUCAACUACUGUACAGAAAGAGGGACUCUCGAUACAUGACUUAUUUCUCUCCCCAUAUGUGUAAAUAUAGGGUUGGUACAAAGUAUUUGUUGUAGAAAAAAUAAAACACUUGAAGUACAACUUCUAUAUUCAAUGACUUCAAAAUUGGCUUACAGAAAGCAUGUAUCAUCUCGUGUAUAACCUCAUGAGAAGCAUGUACUCUUUGUAACAUAAUAGAAGAGACAUAACUCAGGAAGCAUUUUUCAGUUAUCGCGGUCUCUCUUUUCGAGGAGAAGAUUGA